UGUGGAUGUGAUUAUUACACGUGUCACAAUACAAUUCGUUAAGACAUACUGUGUCUUCUCUGUCUGACUGGACAUGACAGAUCAUCCAAGCAAAUCAAAUACCCAACUCUCUCACAUUCUCAAACUUUAGUUUCCAAAAACUUCAAAGAGACAUUGGCGAAUUAAAUUAAGAAAGAAAGGAAAAAAAAAGCAGUAGAGAGAGAAGUUAAUGGGAUUCGGCUUAGAGAGCAUCAAAUCAAUCUCCGGCGGGUGGGGCGCGGCGGCGCGUUCCUGUGACGCUUGUAAAUCAGUAGCCGCCACCGUGUUCUGCCGAGUUGACUCAGCUUUCUUAUGCAUCACUUGCGACACAAGGAUCCACUCCUUCACGCGCCACGAGCGUGUGUGGGUCUGUGAAGUCUGCGAACAAGCUCCCGCCGCCGUCACCUGCAAAGCCGACGCCGCCGCUCUCUGCGUCACCUGCGACUCCGAUAUCCACUCGGCUAAUCCACUCGCUAGCCGCCAUGAACGAGUCCCCGUCGAGUCUUUCUUCGAUUCCGCCGAAACAGCCGUCGCUAAAAUCUCAGCUUCGACGUUUGGGAUUCUCGGGUCAGGUACCACCGUCGACUUAAGCGCCGUUCCGGUGAUGGGUAACUCCGAGGAUCUCGGUUUGUGCCCGUGGCUGCUCCCAAACGAUUUCAACGAGCCGGCUAAAAUCGAAAUCGGAACUGAAAUGAAAUCUUCGGAGUACAUGUUUUCCGAUUUCGAUCGACUCAUCGAUUUCGAGUACCCAAACUCCUUCGGUCAUCAGCCGCCGCAUAGCAGCGCCGGAGCUGACAGCCUCGUUCCGGUUCAGACGAAAACAGAGCCUCUUCCAUUAACUAACAACGAUCACUGCUUCGACAUAGAUUUCUGCAGAUCAAAGCUCUCUGCUUUCACUUACCCAUCUCAAUCAAUCAGCCACAGUGUAUCGACUUCGUCUCCCGAAUUCGGCGUGGUACCUGACGGGAACACCUCCGUCUCGGAAAUCUCGAUUCCGUUUAACCGGAGCACGAUCACCGGCUCGACGGUGACUGCCGGCGAUCAAACGAACACCAUGGACAGGGAGGCUAGGGUUUUGAGGUACAGAGAGAAGCGAAAGAACAGGAAAUUCGAGAAGACGAUCCGUUACGCUUCAAGGAAAGCAUACGCAGAGUCACGGCCAAGGAUCAAAGGCCGGUUCGCGAAACGAACAGAGACUGAAAACGACGACGUUUUCCUUAGCCACGUGUACGCUUCAGCCGCACAGUACGGUGUCGUACCAACGUUCUGAUUCCAAUAUACGGUGGAGGUAUAUAAAAGAAUCACCUGAAAAAAAGCACCUUCUUCCACCGUCGAUUUACCUUUGGGUCCUUAUUAUAAUUAAUAAUUAUAGCGAGUCUUACCGUAGACAAAACAACCUUAUCUUUUUUUACAGCUUCGCCCGUUUAAUCUUUUUUUUUUACUCUGUCUAUCCCUCUCACUGUAACCUUUUUUUUUUCCUUAUUUAUGUAUGCUUAUUUUUAUUUAGCAAAAUGUUAUGAAAUCAUAUAAUUUGGUAAAUUACAAUUUCUCUAUUGUCUGAUGUUGUCUUGUCGC